UUGCAUCAUUUCUGAAAUGUCUAUCACAAAAAGUGCCACUUUCGCAAGUAUAUACGAACCAUUCAAUUCGGGUCACUGGUGUAUCUAUCCUUGGGCAGGGAUUUUCUAUGCCGCAAAUCAUGGCUGUGUCCGGACACAGAUCAACAUCGUCCCUAGCUUUAUAUCAAAGGGUAUCAGAUACAGAGAAACAACAAAUGGGAAAUGCUAUUUCCAACAAAAUCAUAGGCCAGGAGAAUCUACCAAUGCUGCCAAGUACCAGCCAUACAUUACGCACACUGCCAUCUUGUAGUAGUUCAUUAAAUCCAGAACAGAAUGUAUGUAGCCUGGUGCCAUUCAAACGCAACUUACAAUCAAAUUCAGUGUCUGUAUUGGAUUCAGAUAAUGGGAGGAAUGCAUUGUAUGCAAUGGAUGAUUUCAAUCCUGAAGAUUUCUUCUCAGAUUUUGAUUCACUGCCAGAUGUGUUUGCACCAGCCCGAAAUUCAAUGAUAACAAACCAAAGAGGUCAAGGAAUUUUCAACAACUGCCAUAUGUCAGGAGUCACAAUAAAUUUCAAUUUUGUACAAAAAUAAACUGACAAACAACAGUUACUGAUGUUAAAAAAUAGUUGACAGACACUUAAAAUUUC